CCAUAAAUACUAAAUAGCCCAAGACUAAUUAACGAAACGCAGAGAGGCACCUUUAAGCCACAAUAAUAAUGGUUCUUCAAUUUGGGUUUCAUGUCAUGUUAAUAGUAUCCGCUAUACAUACACUGGCAUCUGCACAAUACGAAUACAAAAAUAGUCGUACAGCGCAACCUGGCUGCAAUUCCACAUGUGGACGUGUUAGUAUCCCUUUCCCAUUUGGAAUGAACGAACCCAAAUGCUAUGCAGACCAGUGGUUCCAAAUAGAGUGCAGGAACCACACACCUUACCUGAAAUCUAUAGGAGUGGAGGUGUCGUCAAUUGAUGUAUCAGAAGGCACGAUUGUAAUCAAGAAUCCAAUUCACCGUUGGAAAUGCAAACACAACAACGCUACUACUACUCAGAAGCAAGUGGUUGACCUGAGAGGAAGCCCCUUCGUGUAUUCCCAGGAAAACAACGUGUUUGUAUCAGUUGGAUGCAAUGGAAUCUCUUUCUUGGUUUCCAAUGGGACGCAAGUUAGCAGCUGCGUUUCGAUUUGCAACGGCGACAAGGACGACGUCGACAGGAUCAUUCAUAUCGGCAAUUGCAACGGCGAAUACUGCUGCGUGACCUCCUUGCCUUCGUAUCUCUCGGAAUUCAACGUGACAACGGAGAGUUUCGGGAUCAACAAUAGUAAUCAUCGUCAUGCGAGUGCGAGUAGUGAUGAUGAGUGCAGCUAUGCGGCGAUUAUGAUAAAACAGUAUAGUUCCGGUUACUAUAUCGGUUACAGUUGGGCUGAAGAUCUGACUCUUUUGGAAACCGUUCCGGCGUUGUUAGAAUGGGAGAUUCGUAACUCAUCAGUAAGGCUCCCUGGAACCUGCAAGAGCAGCAAUGUUACACUUACAUCAUCUUCCAAGAACUCAGCUCGGAGAUGUCACUGCGAACAAGGAUUCAUUGGCAAUCCCUACAUUCCAGGAGGCUGCACCCACUUCAACCCCAACGUCGAUAAUAAUCAGGAUGGAUACCACUACGGCAACCAAAAAAAUAACAGCCGACCAAAAUGGGCUAUAGUAGGUGUUUUCUCGAGUGUUGGAUCUAUCAUUUUACUCAUCGGUUCAUGGAGGGUAUAUAAAAUUAUAAAGAGAAGAAUAGUAAAGAACCGCAAAGAAAAGAACUUUAAAAAGAAUGGAGGUGUGCUGUUAGAACAAAGGAUAUCUUCUGGCGAAAUUAAUGUUGACAAAGUUAAACACUUUACCUUAAAGGAGUUAGAGAAGGCCACUGAUAACUUCAACAUGAACAGAGUCCUCGGUAAGGGAGGACAAGGCACCGUCUACAAAGGAAUGCUUGUAGAUGGAAACCUUGUUGCUGUCAAAAAGUUCAGGGUCCAAGGGAAUGUGGAGGAAUUUAUCAACGAAUUUGUCAUCCUUUCACAAAUUAACCAUAGAAAUGUGGUUAAGUUGUUAGGAUGUUGUUUGGAGAAGGAAAUUCCUUUGCUUGUUUAUGAGUUCAUUCCUAAUGGCAAUCUUUAUGAAUAUUUGCAUGGCCAAAAUGAGGACUUGCCAAUGACUUGGGAUAUGCGUUUGAGAAUUGCAUCUGAGAUUGCAGGAGCUUUGUUUUACUUACAUUCAGCUGCUUCUCAACCAAUUUAUCACAGAGACGUGAAGUCAACAAAUAUUUUGUUGGAUGGAAAGUACAGAGCAAAAGUAGCUGACUUUGGAACUUCUAGAAUGAUCUCUAUUGAAGAUACUCAUCUCACCACUGUAGUUCAAGGAACUUUUGGAUAUCUGGAUCCUGAAUACUUUCAUACUAGUCAAUUGACAGAAAAGAGUGAUGUUUACAGUUUCGGAGUCGUUCUUCUUGAACUAUUAACAGGACAAAAACCGUUAUCCUCCUUAGGACCUAACGAAGCGAAAAGUUUGGCUUCCUAUUUUGUUAUUUCUGUUGAGGAAGAUCGCUUGUUUGACAUUAUUGAUGAUAGGGUGACAAAUGAAGGAGACAAAGAACACAUCAUUGCUGUUGCCAAUCUUGCAUAUAGAUGCUUAGAGCUCAAUGGGAAAAGAAGGCCAACUAUGAAAGAAGUCGCAAGAGAAUUGGAUGAGAUCUGGAAAUUGGAGAGGAAGUCUAAUAAUGCACAACAAAAUCAUCAUGAAGAAAUUGAGUAUCCUGCAAUUGAAUAUCACCAUCCGUGGUUUGCAGAUUCUGCUCCUGAUAUAUGUCCAAGCAACAUAUCACUCACCUCAGAGUCAGAUGUUAUGCAUAUUCUUACCGAAUAAUCGGUAAAUUUUCUUUAGCUGCUUGGUCAUAUUUAUGUAAAAUAAGUGAUUAUGGUUGGAGAUAUGAACUCCAAAACACUAAUUGUAUAAUUGUGUAAUUUUGGUGGAGGAACUCGGUCAGUCUUUUAAUCUUCUUACUUAGGAACUUGUAAGCUUUGCAUUAGAUGAAAAAAAAUUACAGUUGUAUA